AUGCAAACUUCAAUUAUACCAAAGUUUGCCCAGCCAUUUCCCCCUCUCUUUCUCCCCUCUCUCUCUCUUUCUCCCCCUCUCUCUCUUUCUCUUUCUCUUCCACGCCAUCCUUUAGUCACCGCAUUCACCAACUCCCCUUUUCUAACUGCAGACCAAAUACAGACAAGACUAGAGUUGGGAGGUGAUGUAAAUCUGUUCAUAUCUGUCUUAUUUUCCUCGCAUCUAUCUAUCUAUCUAUCUAUCUAUCUAUCUAUCUAUCUAUCUAUCUAUCUAUCUAUCACAUUCUCUUCAUCUAUCUAUCUAUCUAUCUAUCUAUCUAUCUAUCUAUCUAUCGGGCAUCUAUCUAUCUAUCUAACUGGGCAUAUCUUAUCUGUCUAUCCUAGUCUAUCUAUCUUAUUUUCUAUCUAUCUAUCUAUCUAUCUAUCUAUCUAUCUAUCUAUCUAUCUAUCUAUCUAUUAUAUGUUCUUCAUAUCUAUCUAUCUAUCUAUCUAUCUAUCUAUCUAUCUAUCUAUCUAUCUAUCUAUCUAUCUAUCUAACACGGGCAUUCUAUCUGUCUAUCCUAGUCUGUUCAUAUCUUAUUUUCUUCAUAUCUAUCUAUCUAUCUAUCUAUCUAUCUAUCUAUCUAUCUAUCUAUCUAUCUAUCUUAUUUUCUUCAUAUCUAUCUGUCUCUCUAUCUAUGUAGCAAGGAUUGGAAUUCAAAUCAUAUAA